GCGGGCGCGGGCGGCGCGCGGAGGAUCGGCGCGCGCGGGCCUGUGGCGGCCGAUCCUGACGGAGCGAUGUGGAGCGGGCACGGGAACUUGGACGGCGGGUUCGGCACCAUGGGCGGCGCGGGGCCCCCGGGCGGAUACCUGCAGUCCCCGGGGGGGUUCGGGUCGCCCGCCGGCGCCCAGGCGGAGAAGAAGCAGCGGAGCCGCUCGCAGAACAUCGUGCCCUGCACGGUGUCGCAGCUGCUGGCGGCGGAGCAGGUCGACGAGGCGUUCCGGAUCUGCGACGUGGAGAUCUCGCAGGUCACCGUGGUGGGCAUCGUCCGGCACGCGGAGAAGGCGCCCACCAACAUCCUCUACAAAGUGGACGACAUGACGGCAGCGCCGAUGGACGUCAGGCAGUGGGUUGACACCGAUGAGGCAGGAGGUGAGAAUGUCGUGGUACCUCCAGGAACUUACGUCAAAGUAGCUGGGCACCUCCGUUCCUUUCAGAAUAAGAAGAGCUUGGUGGCAUUUAAGAUCAUGCCUCUGGAAAAUAUGAAUGAGUUCACCACACACAUACUAGAGGUUGUCAAUUCACAUAUGAUCCUCAGAAAAAAUCUUAUGUCAGCAUCGAGUGCGCCGCCGUCGUUUUCCUCCACUGGGAUCAGAGACAUGGGAGGCUAUGGAGGAGUUGGCAGCCUGCCAGUGAACGGGCUCACAGCACACCAGAGCCAGGUGCUGAACUUGAUAAAAAGCUGCCCUGUCCCAGAAGGUAUGAGCCUGCAAGAGCUGAAGCUUCAGCUCCACAGUAUGAGCAUGUCAACAAUCAAGCAAGCCGUGGAAUUCCUCAGCAGCGAGGGACACAUCUACUCCACGGUGGAUGAUGAUCACUAUAAGUCAACAGAUGCUGACUGAAGUUCCCUCCAGCUUAAUUUACUUCCAAAAAAAUGCUUGUCCCUGUUUCAAGAUACCCUGCCAAGCUCAGUGACAUGGAGGGUGAUCUUUUCUCUCUGUAGACGGUCCCAGUUACUCUGUGAAUGCCUCCUCAUGGAAUUCCAGGACACGCAGAAUGUACAGGAUUCUGUUAACUGGACUUGAUUCUAUGCUGUGACCAUGUGAAUGAAAGCAUAAAUAGACACAGGAAAAGUGAACUCCUCAAAGCUUCAGAACCUUCACUUUGUCUUGGCUCCUUAAAAGAUGCCUGUUAGAAAGAGGAACCUCUUUCUAAUCUUUGUUUCUAGAGCUGUUUCUCCUAACUCAGCUUCCCUUCUAUUCGUUCACAAAGUGGGUACCAUUCCACUAAUGUACAGCAAUCAUGAAAAGAUUUUUUUAUUUUUUAGUUUGUGCGUUUAAAUCUAUAUUUGUACUAGAGGUGAUCUUGUUACUAGAGCUUUUGAACAUUUCCAAUAAAACUUUAACUUGA